AUGGAACUCGCCUGCAAGUCCAGCCAAGUGUACCUGCUGGUCAAGAUCAUCAACCUGGUGAAUGUUAACGCCGUCAGUCAUGUGAAGAAGGCACUGAAGCUGAUCAUUUUUGACCUCUUCGGUUUGGCCAUGCUACUGAGGGUCGAUUUUAAAAUGCUGAAGAUCGCACAGAGCAACGGCUUCUUCGUUCUGCGCACUGGGUUGAGGAUGCUCAAUCUACUGCUGUACGCCAUGCAGCCGAGCCAGACGAGGGGCUACCAGUUUUCCCUCAAGGUGCUGAAGAUUUCGACCUUCCUGCCCAACUUGGCAUGCCCCACGGGGGGGGAGAAGUGGCAUCAAAGCGGUGGAUGA